UCCAGCGUCAAGAAAAUGACCAAUUCAUUUACUGAAUAUCUAGGAAGAGGAGGAUUUGGCAGCGUAUAUAAAGGAGAAUUUCCCGACGGUCGUCUUGUGGCAGUGAAAGUCUUGAAUGAAUCAAAUGGAAACGGGGAAGAUUUCAUGAAUGAGGUCGCCAGUAUUAGCAGAACUUCCCACGUUAAUAUUGUGGCACUGUUGGGGUUUUGUUAUGAAGGUUCGAGAAGAGCUCUCAUUUACGACUUCAUGCCUAAUGGUUCUCUUGAAAAGUUCAUUGGUAACAAUGCUUCCUCGUCUCAAGAGUCUACGUUGGGAUGGGAUAAGUUGUUUGAGAUCGCUCUUGGGAUAGCUCGGGGGUUGGAGUACUUGCACCAAGGCUGUAGUACGAGGAUUUUGCAUUUGGACAUCAAGCCUCAGAACAUUCUUCUAGAUAAGGAAUUGGAUCCUAAAAUUUCCGAUUUUGGCCUUGCUAAACUGUGUCCGAAUAGAUCGAGCAUAGUCUCCAUGUUAGUGGCAAGAGGGACAAUAGGGUACAUUGCCCCUGAAGUGUUUUCUAGAAGCUUUGGAGAAGUCUCUUACAAGUCUGAUGUGUAUAGUUAUGGGAUGCUGGUUUUGGAAAUGGUUGGAGGAAGGACGGCCGUUGAUCCAAGAGAUGUAGAUCGUACAAGUGAAAUAUACUUCCCAAACUAUCUCUACAAGCAGAUGGAGGUGAAUAAUGCAGAAAGGGAUGUUGAAGAUGGAAGCCUACCUGUUAAGAGAAACAUGAUCAUUGUCGGGUUGUGGUGCAUUCAGACAAACCCCAAAGACAGACCGUCGAUGACGAGGGUGGUAGAGAUGUUGGAAGGGAAACUUGGCUCAUUGGAGGUUCCACCUAAGCCUUACCUAUAUUCACCCCCGAGAGCUCCACCAUCCUAUUCAACUUCUGAAUCAUUCUAA